GGCGGUGCAGCAGCAGGAGGAGCAGGAGCGGCAGGAGGCAGCAGGGGGGGAGCUCCCUCCCUCCUCCCCCUCCUGCUCCUCCGCCUCCCUGCAUCCCGCCCCCCUGCUGUCCCGCCUGCUGGAGUACGGCACUGCUCUGCUGCUGCACCUCUGCAUGCGCGCAGCAGGCAGGGACGCAGUGGUGCGCGGGGGGAACCCGCCCGCCUCCUCCUCCACAUCGUCCUCCUCCUCGCCCUCCUGCUCUUCACCAGCCUCAGCCCCCACUCGGGGCCGCUGCAGGAGGGUUGCGGGUGGGGGCGGCGGUGGCGGGGGAGGUUUGGUGGUGCCGCUGCUGCGGCUGUGUGAGGGAUUGCUGGGCUGCAGCAACGCGCGGGUGAGGGGCGGCGAACGGGAGGUGGGCUGGGGAAGCGUGCGCUAUUGGGACGUACGAACACCUGGUAGCAGCCAGGAAGGAUGGCUGGGCUGGCAAGUCAAGGACAGACCCGCUGUCGUUGGAUUGGCCCGGUGUCGCGCACGUGUGUUGAUGGGGAGUGUCAUGCUGAUGGAGGUGGUCAUGUUGAUGGGGGUGGUCAUGCUGAUGGGGAGCUGUCUGGUACAUGACGGUGGGGUGUGCAGGCACUCGCGGUGCACUGGUGGUGCACUCCGGCAUGCCGGGCCAUGGUAACAUGCCCCGGAAGCAGUUCCUCUGGCGACCUGCCUUGAUGCUCUGAGCCGUUGCUACUGCCUGCAUGCUGCUGCAUGCUGCUGCUGCUGCUGCUGCUGCUGCUGCUGCUGCUGAUGAUGAUGAUGUCAUGAUUUGCUGCUGCUGCGGAUGGUGCGCUGCCCGCCCAGGCCUCAACACUGCUAGCAUGCGACUCCUGCCACUCUCCGGCUGCUGCUGCCACUGCUGUCAUGUAUUGCUCCUACCCACUUUGUUGCCGUACAGACUCGAGCUUACGUGCACGGCAUCCUGUACGCCGUAUUCUCACGUGAUGUCGUACGGCAAGCGGCGCUGCAGCGAGGCACGGGGGAGCUGCUCGAGGCGGCGGAGGCGGCGGAGGAGCAGGGCAGUGUGUUUGGGAAGCAGCUACGUCACGUUCUACGGCAGCUGCUUACGCCCCAGCAGCAGGCGGAGGAGGAGGACGAAGAGGAGGGAGAGGACUGCAGCGAUGAGGGCGAGGAAGAGGAGGAGGAAGAAGACGACUAUGAAGACUUGGUGGGGGAGGCGGAGGAAGGGGAGGAGCGGGUGGACUGGGAAGAAGCCGGUGGCCCAGAAGGCGAAGCGGGGGCGGCGGCAGGAGGAGGGCACGUGGAAGGGUGCGUCGUACAGGCCCCCCAAGAGGCGCCCCCCGCUCCCCCCCGCGGUGAGGCGCUGUUGUGCGGGGCGGGUUACCUGGCGGCUGCCGUACAAGCGCGCCGCCACCUGGAUGCCGUACGCAGCUCGCUGGCGGAAGCGGCGAGGGGCCUGAAGGGGACGGCGGAAGGCGAGGAGGCGGCGGGAGCAACAGCUGGUGAUGGGGCCUGCAGCAGACUCCCCCAACCCCGGCCCGGCUCCGUCAGCCGCCGCAGCCGCUGCCACCAGCUUCGCACCAGCCUGGCCGCCGUAUUGGUGGCCGGGGGCGGGGGUGGGGGUGACGGCGGGGAUGACGGCUGCAGCCUUGUGCGGGAUAUCCAUGCCGGUG